AUGAAAGGAUAUUUUCAAUGUGUUCUGGCAUUUUGUGCUUUUUCAGUUUGUUUUGCUGGAGAAAAAGACGAAAAACGUUUGCUGCUGAAUGACCCGGAUGUAAUCAAUGAUCGUUUAAAUCGCAUGGAGAAUAUGUUAUCGAUCCUUAACAACACUGUGAAACAACAAUCACUAACCAUACAGUUACAACAAUCAGAGAUCAACCAAUUGAAAUCUGCUAAAGGCACUGGUUCUACCUAUGUUAUUUGGGGACGAAAACAGUGUCCAAACCACACAGACACAGAACAGGUUUAUUCGGGUUAUGCUGGAGGUGGAUAUUAUAGCAAUCCGGGUUCCGCUGCAGAAUAUGUCUGUCUUCCACCAGAUCCAGAUUUUGAGAAGACUAGUGGUGAUGAUGGUGGACGUAUGUAUGGUGCAGAAUACGAAACGGACUUUUUCGGUAAAGAUGACGAAGAUGUACCAUGUGCUGUCUGCAGAAAGAUACGUUCAACUUCCAUCCUUAUGGUUCCUGGUAAGAACAAAUGUUAUAACGGAUGGCACAUAGAAUACCAUGGAUAUCUAGGUUCGGGAGAUCACGGUAAUGCAGCCGCAUCAUCGUAUGUAUGUGUGGACAGCCAUACUGAAUAUCUAAAUGCUGGUGUUCAAGAUACUAAUGGCAAAUUAUUGUAUUCUGUGUUAGCCAAGUGUGGAGCCUUACAGUGUCCUCCCUAUAUACACAAUUAUCCUCUGACAUGUGUUGUGUGCUCAAAAUAAUUCAUGUACAUGUGCAUUAAAAUGGAAAUUCA